AUGGCGACCAACUACACAGAAGACAUCGGCCCUGUGGCCUACCCGCUUAAACUGGUAUCCCAAGAGGUCGUGCAACACAUGCUUGGCUGGAACAUUCCAGAAGAACACCAGGAUUUCGUCCACGACCAUUGGAGGAACUACCCAGCAGUCAGCAAAUACUGGCACAUUGGCUUAGCUCUCAUAUACGCUAUACUUAUGAUUGCAUCGAUAUCAGGCAACGGUAUCGUUAUUUGGAUAUUCAGCACAUCAAAGUCACUCCGUAGCGCGAGCAACAUGUUCGUGAUCAACUUAGCAGUAUUUGACCUGAUGAUGAUGCUUGAAAUGCCAAUGCUGGUGGUGAAUUCCUUCUACGAACGCCUUUUGGGAUACCAGCUAGGUUGCGACUUAUACGCGGUCUUCGGUGCCCUAUCAGGCAUCGGCGGUUCCAUUACUAAUGCCGUCAUCGCUUUUGAUAGAUACAAGACAAUAUCAAGCCCACUGGAUGGCAGACUGACACGAACGCAGGCGUUUUUGCUAAUCCUAUUCACAUGGUUCUGGGCUUUACCAUUUACAUGCAUGCCCGCUUUCAGGAUUUGGGGACGUUUUGUGCCAGAGGGUUUCCUAACGACGUGCUCCUUCGACUACAUCACCGAGGACCAGGACACGAGACUGUUCGUCAUGUGCAUAUUCGUCUGGAGCUACGUUAUCCCGAUGCUCUUUAUAUGCUACUUUUAUUCCAAAUUGUUUGGUGCUGUACGUCUUCACGAGCGCAUGCUUAAAGAGCAAGCUAAGAAAAUGAACGUAAAGUCGUUAGCAGCGAACAAGGAAGAUGCUGGCAAGAGUGUCGAGAUAAGGAUCGCGAAAGUGUCCUUUACCAUCUUCUUCCUAUUUGUGUGCUCCUGGACGCCGUACGCCUUUGUCGCUAUGACCGGUGCAUUUGGAGACAAGGGUCUUUUAACUCCCGUGGCGACUAUGGUGCCAGCGGUGUGUACGAAGAUCGUCUCCUGCAUUGAUCCAUGGGUUUACGCAAUCAACCACCCUAGAUACAGGGCUGAAUUGCAAAAGCGAGUACCAUGGAUGGGUGUGCGAGAAGCGGACCCCGACACCGUGUCCACCUCAAGUGGAGCCACCGCGCAAACGCAAAAUGCUGCCGCCGAAGCU